UCUACCUAAAUCACAUAUUUUCCUACUCUACCCUACCAUCUCCCUGCUAUCAGGUUUUUUCUCUCAGCAACCCAAAAUACACGCAGUUGAUACUGUAACUACCAUUGCCAGCAGAAGAUUCAUCCUUAAACAGCAUAAAAAACAAGGGCGAAAAAAUCAUGCCCGCACCACCUCCACCACCACCCCUACCCAACUUCGGUGGAGGUCCCCCACCCCCUCCACCACCCCCACCGCCAGGGGGAGGCGGGCUUAUCGGCCGACCAGCAAAAGGGGGAGAUCGGGGUGCACUUAACUCGGAUAUUACGAAGGGGAUAAAACUGCGGAAAGCAGUUACAAAUGAUAGGAGUGCUCCAGCUGUUGCGGGUGCAGUUGGGGGUGGAGGGGGUGGAGGGAGGGUUGCGUCGUUGGGAGCUCCGCCAGUUCCGGGUGCGCCACCAAUCCCAAGGGCCAGGGCUGGAAGUGAUGGGGAGAGGGCGAGGAGCAAUAGUGAUGCGGGUGGGGGUAGCGGUGGAGGGGGGGGAGGUUUGGUUACGGCGGCGCCGCAGUUGGGGGGAUUGUUUGCGGGUGGGAUGCCGAGGCUGAAGAGUCGGUCGGGAGGCGUUGAUACCGGAGCGUCACGGGAUUCUUCAUACAUUUCAGAUUCAGAGAGUACGCCUCCAAGGUCUGCGCCCAUUCCUCCACGAAUGCCACCGAUGCCACCUAGAGUGGGUUUACGACCGACGCCUGCUGCGCCAACCGGAUCCGCACCAAUAAUUCCUUCCCAGGCGUCCCUCCGCAGACCUCCGCCCGCACCGAUCAAGCGCCCGGUCUCUUCCAUUCCCAUCCGCGGGGCUCCCGGCUCCCCCAGCAGCCCGCCUUCAAGGGCCACACCUCCACCCCCGCCUCCAUCAUCACUAGUACCCUCCCGCCCACUCCCAUUACGCAAAACCCCAUCACCUACCUCACACACCCAAACCGAUUCGCCACCCCCCAGCGCCCCUCCACCUCCACCAAUCCCAGGCUCAGCACCUAGAGUCCUUCCCCCUGGCCCACCGCGUAGUAAUCCACCCCCGCCACCUCUCCUCCCCGUCAACGGAAGCCCAAACCCAGCGUUAGCCGCCGCACGAAAGGUCUCCGCGACGCUCGGUGCCCACCCACCUGCCCCUCCACCACCCCCCCCGUCGGCAGCGCGACAAUCACAGCCACUUCCACAACAGCGAGAUUUUAUGGACUCGAGCAAGUUCACCCUUACCAAGAAGAAGAUGGAAAUCAAUGACUCGAGAUGGAAGUUUAAGCGCGAGGAGGACUUGCCAGAACCGAGGCCUUUUACGGGAGUUAGGAAGGUGUAUCGGAGUGGGAGGGGGAGCAGCGUUCCGCUAGAUUUUGAGAGUUUGGAGUAGAGAACUGUUUUUUUUUUUUGGGGGGGGGCGAGUGGUUUAGGAUUGGGUAAGACUAGAUUGGGCGGGUCAAGCUUUGUUGGUUGUUGGUAAGGUCAGGCCGGUUAGUCAGUGUUUCCCUUCUCUCUGCUAGUUUGUCUGUUUGUCUGUCUGUUAUUUGUCUACAAACUGUACCUCGGUGUAGGUAGUGGGGUGGAAUAUCAAACAUUUUUACCAC